GAGAUUCGGAGAGAAAAUGGAUAAAAUGGCGCCGAGGUUUAAUACACGUGCGCGCGUGGUCGCUGCGGACUGACGGGUUGGGUUUAACCUUGGUUUUGUCCUACGUUCUUCGCUAGGAGCUCGCGAGAUGACGGAUGUACACAUGGAGGACGCGAAUGACGCCGACAGCGGCGAUGAUUGGGAUGAGGUUAACGACGACAUUCAGAAUGUUGUAUGCUUGUUUUGCAAGGAAGUCGUCGAUAGCAUACCCAAGGCCUUGAGACACGUAGAGGUGUUUCACGACUUCAAUUUGGCUACCUUUAAAACCAAACACGCAUUGGACGUGUAUUCGUACAUUAAACUCGUGAAUUUUAUCAGACGGAAGGAGGUUUCCCCGGAGGAACUGAAUUCAGCCGAGUCGAAGUCGUGGAAUAGCGAUGAAUAUUUGAUGCCGGUACUUCAAGACGAUGCUUGGUUGAUGCUAGAUAUCGAGGAAAUAGAAGACAGCACGGCCAAGCCGAUUGCUUAUCCGGUAAAUUCAGAAAAUGGCUGUGUUACGUUAUCGGAGGCACAUUUUGCGGAACUGCAAAGAACGAUCCAGUCCCUAAAAGCACAAUUGGAGCAACGGGAACUCGCUUGCCUAAUGGCCACACAGCAAAUAGAUGUGAUGGUCAAAAAGGCACGAAGUCUCGUUUUGGAUGAAGAGCCAAAAAACUCACGGAGUAGUUCCAUUCAAAUGCAUUCAGAUGAUGGUGAAGACUGUAGUCAGAAUAAUACAUUGAUAAACACCGAUGAGAAUGCACAUCUAAAUACCAUUUCAAAAAGUAUGAGUAUGGACUAUGAUGACGGAUAUUUCAGGACAUACAGUCAUUUUGCUAUCCAUCAUGAGAUGUUAACGGAUAAAGUACGAACUGAAAGUUAUCGUGAUGCAUUACUAAUGAACUCGAAUAAGAUCAGUAAUUGUAUAAUGCUGGAUGUUGGAUGUGGCACUGGCAUCCUAUCCAUGUUCGCAGCAAAGUCAGGCUGUCGUAAAGUGAUUAGUGUUGACCAAUCAGAAAUUAUAUACCAUGCAAUGGAUAUUGUGAGGGAGAACAAUCUCACGGAUAUAAUAACGCUCAAAAAAGGUAGACUCGAAGACAUUGAAUUUCCUGAAGAAAAAGUCGAUGCAAUCGUGUCCGAAUGGAUGGGAUAUUUUUUACUAUUUGAAGGCAUGUUAGACACUGUGAUUUAUGCAAGGGACCAUUAUCUCUCACCUGGAGGGGUGCUUUUGCCAAACAGGUGUACGAUUAGUAUCGUGGGAAGUGGAGAUACAAAACGCUACGUAGAUUUAGUGGAUUACUGGUCAAACGUUUACGGCUUUAAAAUGAGUUGCAUGAAGGCAGAGGUGGUGCGAGAACCAAGUAUUGAGAUCUGCAAUGCUCAACAUUUAAUAACCAGCGUAGCUGAAAUUCAGUCCUUCGACCUGUACACGGUUUCCACGGACUGCGUGAAUUUUUCAACUACGUUCAACUUGACAGUAAAGAAAACCGGUCCACUCACUGCAAUUAUUGGGUACUUCGAUGUGUUCUUCGAUUUGGACAAUCCCGUUCACUUUAGUACCGGACCUCACUCACCACCUACCCAUUGGAAACAAACUGUUUUCUCAUUAAGUGAACCGAUAAGUAUUACAGAAGGUGAGAUACUGACAGGGAAAUUAAUUUGCAGUAGACACAUGAAGGACAUACGAGGACUCAUAAUAACCAUUCAGAUAAAAAAUGUCAGUCAAGUCUACCACUUGGAUUAAGUACGAAAAGCUCAGAGAAUUACAUACAUUUAACCCUUUCUUACCGAGAUGUCAGAAAUGACAUUAGAAAAUAAAUGAUCAUGUUUUCGGUAAUUGCAUAUUUAAGUAGAUGAAAUUCCACGCAGUCGAUAGCAAGAGACAAUAAGCAAGUACUAACGCUAGUUUUCUAUUUUUCGAGUAAAAUGAUUAAAUCACUAGGAGAAUA